AGGUUCCGGGGCGCCGCGGAGCCUCGGGCCUGUGGCUCUCCCGCGGCGCUCUGCGGUCUCUAGGGCCGCGCGCCCUGCGGCGGCCGGGAUGGAGGAGGCCGGAGCGGCGGUGGCCCCGGUGGGGGAGGCCGAACUGAACUUGUCCCGCCUCAGUGUGGCCCCCGAGACGCUGGAGACGGAGCUGGAGGCGCGGGGCGAGGAGCGGCGCGGCGCGCGCGAGGCGCUGCUGCGGUUGCUGCUGCCUCACAACCGUCUCGUGUCGCUACCGCGGGCGCUGGGCAGCGGCUUCCCGCAUCUGCAGUUGCUGGACGUGAGCGGCAAUGCGCUGACCGCGCUGGGGCCGGAGCUGCUGGGGCUUCGCGGCCUGCGCACGCUGCUGGCCAAGAACAACCGGCUCGGCGGGCCCGGCGCUCUGCCCAAAGGCCUGGCCCAGUCGCCGCUGUGCCGCAGCCUCCAGGUGCUCAACCUCAGUGGGAACUGCUUCCAGGAGGUGCCCUCCUCGCUGCUGGAGCUGCGCGCGCUGCAGACCCUCAGCCUGGGCGGCAACCAGCUGCAGAGCAUCCCAGCGGAGAUCGAGAACUUGCGGAGUUUAGAGUGUUUAUAUCUUGGAGGAAACUUCAUCAAAGAAAUUCCACCAGAAUUAGCAAAUUUGCCUUCUCUAAAUUAUUUGGUGUUAUGUGACAACAAAAUACAAAGUGUGCCUCCUCAGCUUUCACAGUUGCAUUCCCUUCGCUCCCUCAGUCUUCAUAAUAACCUGUUGACAUACCUGCCUCGAGAAAUCCUCAACCUUAUUCAUUUGGAAGAAUUGAGUUUGCGAGGAAAUCCACUGGUUGUUCGUUUUGUUAGAGAUUUAACCUAUGAUCCUCCAACUCUCCUGGAAUUAGCUGCACGGACCAUUAAAAUUCGAAAUAUUUCAUAUACUCCCUGUGAUCUUCCUGGGAAUCUUCUUAGAUACUUGAGUUUAGCCAGCAAUUGCCCAAAUCCAAAGUGUGGAGGAGUCUACUUUGACUGCUGUGUCAGACAAAUUAAAUUUGUGGACUUCUGUGGGAAGUACCGCCUCCCACUGAUGCACUACCUGUGUUCUCCCGAAUGCUCUUCCCCCUGCAGUUCUGCCUCUCACAGCUCCACAUCCCAGAGCGAAUCUGACUCAGAGGAUGAAGCCAGUGUUGCUGCCCACAGAAUGCAGAAGGUUCUUCUUGGUUAAGAAGGGUACAGUGUGGUGUGAAAUAACUCAAAAGACUGAGCAAAGGUGAUUAGAAAAGAAAAUAGACUUUGAAGUUCACUAGAAACCUUAUCUUCAUUUUCUGAAUGUCCAUGAAAGAGAAAGAGAUGAUAUAAAAGAGUUGUAUCUCAUUUACUUAUUCAGUAGAAAUGAGUUCAGUUCUAUGUUUGGAUUCUUUGCAUAUAAUUCAUUCUAAAUGGCAGUUUCAAAUUGGGCUAUUGUUUGCAGUUAUCACUCACAUUUUGUAUGAAUCACACAGCAGAAUGAAACAUUCUGAAGAAAGGUGCUAUAAUAGAUUGUGAGUGGUGUAACCUGUGACAGUUGAGAUAGAGACAGCAGUGAUCAAAGCUGUAAUUAUCACCAGAGUUGUCCUUUGGUCUGGGUGGAACACUGCACCAUAACAGGAACACUGCAUCUUCUUGUAUUGCCCAUAUAUAAAUCUAGAGCUGUUUGUAUAAACAGGUAGUUAUGUAGGACCUAAACCUCUCUGACCUACUAAUUGAUAAAUUAAGGGGUAGAACUCUUAUCUAGGAUUUUAAAACUCUUCAAUUCUCCUCCUUUGUUCCACAUGAUUGGUGUUAACCCUUACAUAAUCCAGAAAGAACUGUUUAGUGCCUUAAUCUUAACAAAGAUUUAGAAAUACAUUCAAGAAACUAUGCAGACAAUUUAAAAUAUGCUUUAACAGAACAAGGUAAACAAUUGGAUGUUAACAUCUGAGCUCCUGGCCACCGUUAACUCAUUCUCUAAAGAGUAAACGAUCCCCUAUCAGGGAUUCACUUUUAUACUUAAUGGAAGGCCCCAGUCUCCAUCAAUCUGUCAUCAUAAUCAUUUUGAUAGAAAUAUAUGUCAGACUUCUUGUGAUAGAAAAGAAAUGUAAACUAGGGAAGUUUCUUUAUAUCUUUCUUUAAUGAAAUGAGAAAAUCAUUUAAAAAUUUUUGACAGUAGAAUAUGACUUUGCCUAUGUGACCUGAACUAUAAUUUUCUCUACUUUUAGAAGAAAAAAUUGAAAAUCAUUUUCACUCAAAAUUGGGGGCCGCAGUCAUUGUAUUUGUACACAAUAGAACAGCUUUUAAAACUAGUUAAAUCAUGGAAUACAUUUUGAAAAUAAUGUAUUGAUAAAACAGAAAAAUUGCAAAGUUUAUUUUUAAAGUAUAGCAGAAAAAUGUUUAACAGAUUGAAGGCUAUUUGAAAUGACCAAUUUUUAUUAACUAAUGUGCAAUAAAAAUUGAGUGAUAGUACAUCUAUAACUUGAUAUUAUAAAAGAAAAUAUAAAACAUACUAGUAUUAGAUACUUAACCUAUAGUAGCAUAUGGUUGUUAGUCAGUAUUACUUAGCACAGUGAUACACAAGUCAGAAAUGCAUUGGACCAUCAGAUAAACUCCCUUCUGACUUCCCAGCAUUCAUGACUGCACAUCCCAUUUCUGAAAGCUGAUCAUUGUAAAAUAGUGACAUGUACAUUUAUUUGUUUUUUUCAUAUAUGUUAUUUUUUAUUUUAGAAGAAAAUAUACUGUAGGAUAGUUUGGAGUUUGUUGAUUAUAUGUUAAUUCAUGAAACACCCUGAGAGUUUCAUGACUGCAGUUGUGAAACGCUGCUAUGGAGUGAAUCCCUUCACCUUGUUAUAAUGUAGUAUGACUCUUUUUUUCUUUUGACUGAGAAAUUUUUAUGUUUAUAAAAGUAAUCUUGUAUGUUUUUACUGCCUAGCAAAGUAGUUCUUGGGUAAUUAUGGAAAUAAUAAAAAGUCUUUGUUUACUUCUCCAUUUGAGCCACAGUGAGAUGCAUACUAUAAAAUUAUGAAAGCUAAAGAUGACUUAGGCAGGCCCUAAUAUUUUAUAAGUGACUAAGUUUAGAUACAUAAAAUAUUUUCAUAGAAAUAAGUAGUGUUUUCAUAGUUAAUUGAUAGGAACAAAUUUUUAUGACUUAAAAAUUGACUUAUGCUUCAGUUUACUUCUUAAUUCAUGACCAGCUUGAUCUAAGUAACAGCUUAGGUAAUCUUAGCUAAAAGUUAGUCUUUGUAAAAUAAAUGGGCAGUUUUGUAAAUAUAAUAGUUAACCUUGCACACUUUUCUCGAGCUCCCCAGAGAAAGGGUAUACUGAUUUAUCUUUUACAGGUGUAAAUAGGUCCAACCCACAAUGUAGCCUUUGCUAUUAUGUAGCCUUUGCUAUAUAGUGUAGUUAUAUGCUACACUAUAGAGCAAAAUGUCUUUCAGUGUCUAGCAAAAUGUUUGUUAUGGUUCUCUGUAUGUACUUUUGAAAAUCUGUGAUCAGUGUGCAACUCUGGUGAUUUUUACUGUAAUUUAUGUUUAGCUGGUUGUUUUGUUUUUUUUGUUUGUUUUUUUACAUUUGAUCUAACCUUUUACAAGAGCUGCUAAUAAUUUCUAAUAUUUUCUGUGUUUUUUUUGCCCUACCUUCCCUUUUUUCAUAAUGAGUGAUCAUAGACACUAAUUCAAAGGAUACAAGGGACUUGAUAAUCUAGAAAACAGAUGAUUGGCUCCCAAAUCAUUUAGCUAUGUUUUUAAAAUCAUAGUCUGCCACUACAGUUUCUAAGUCACAUGUUUUUGAUAUUGUUUCACUUGGACAAUUUUAGUGACUAAAACUGUAGAUAAAACUACUUAACAAAAGUAUUAAGUGUUAUAAUGGAAUUCUUUAGUGCUGAUAUCUUAAUUGAAAUAGGUACAUUCCUAGAAUCCACUUCUAUUAGUGUCAUCACAGUGAAUUGGUGUGAGAUAAUCCUAGGAUUUUAGGAACUAGGAAGAAUAUAAUGCUUGCUUCCAUGGUGCCAGGGACUGGCUAACCUAAGGGCAAGCGGGUCAGGGUUCUCAUUUUACCUUGUGUGUGAAUAAUGAAGGUGGACCUGAGGGUCAUUUUCAUAUUUCACUUCUGAAUGUAUACCGUAGGAAUCUCUAAUUCUUAAAAUUCUUGAUAUUUGGAAUUUUGUUGCUGAAUUUAAAAGUAAAGACUUGCAUUAUAAACUGUACCUCCAAUUUGAAAAAAUUUGUGUUAAUUUAAAGUUAAAGGCAGUCCGUGUGAAUGCUGUGUAAUACUGCAGAAGAUUCUGCUACACAUCUAAAUACUGACUUUAAACAAAGAGUGGGGGGAAAAAGCAGACUGCUGGAGUAUUUAGUGAAAGAAAUCAUUAAAGCAACAAAGGGCAAGGAAAAGAGAAGAAACUAGACACCCAGGGACAUCCCUGAGCCAAGAAAGCCCUUUGAUAGCAAAUUGUUUUAAAAUUAAGUGGCCCUCUAUCAAAACCAUCUGAAUUUACUCAGUUUCUGCUAUUGGGAGAUUGUCCACAUUCCUCCAUAAUGAAGGGCCAGUAAGUAAUAGGAUUUUCUUAUAGUCAACUUUGUUCUUUCUAAAGGAAGAUGGUAAUACCUCAUUAACCUCGAAUUUGUGGUUAAUGUUUACUGUUUCAUUAUGUAAAGAAGAAAAAUGACUAAGCAGAUAAUUAGUACAAAUGAAGUUGAUCUUUGAAAAGCAUUUUAGCAGUAGCUAUACAAUAGCUAAAUAGUUAUUCUAAAUAGUUGUUAUAGUUAUUCUAAAUAAUAACACUAGACAAAACUUUAUCAGUUAUAGUACAUGUAUAUAAAUUAGUUAAAAUGCAUUUAUUUAGAAAUACCUAAUUGUUACCUAAAUUACCCCUUCUCAUUCAAGGUAGCAAUUUUAUUAAGUCAGUAUAAAUAUUACAACACAUUUAAUCCAAAAUAAUGAGCUUUCAAGUUGUUGUGCUGGGAAUUUAAUGAGGUUGUUAGGCUGUGUAGAUUUUAUAGGCAAUGUGAUCUGUAAUGCAAAGUUCUGAUUUCCUCAUACAGAAAAAUAACUUGACCUACGCUACCUGUAUUAAGCACCAUCCUUUGCAUAACAUUAAUCUCAAUAUCUGAUUUUAUAUUUUCAUUAUAGUCCUGAUCUUUUUAAACUUAGCUGUGUCUUCAGCUGUGUUCAGAGUAUAUGUGCCUUAAAUCCUCCACUCUAGACACAAAGUUUGGGGAACUGUUAUUUAAAUAAGUUGGUUGUGACCCUUUGCAUUUGACUUGAGAGACAAAGACUGUUAUCUUGAGGGGUGUUUAGGGCUUCUGGAGAGGAAACCUCAAUCAUGCAUACCAUCGCAGAGGAUCAAAACCAUAAAGAUCAGGGUCCCCUGAAGUAAAAUCACUGAAAAGAUAUAUUCUUUUUUAUAUUAUAUUGUAAAGGAAAUUUAUAUUUUACCAGUGAAAGAUGACAGAGAAGUUCCUAAGCAUCUUCAUAUUAAUAGCAUAAUAUAAAAACAUUGCUGUAAGGCCUAUUUCCCAUUUAUUUUCUUUGUAAAACUAGACUGUAGGGGGUAUGUUUUAAUAUUUUCCCAUGUAAGUACAUCUUUUUCCUAUCCUUGAUCCAUAUUUGCUAAGAAUUAAUGCAGAAAAAUAACAAUUCACUUGCAAACAUUACACAUUAUUGAACACACACAGGGUAACAUUGAUUUGGGUGCUACUAUACUAGAUUUUACCUAGCGUUGACCAGUCUCAAUGUAUUAUUUGACACAGUAUUCAAUCUAAUAAAUUUUAAGAUUGUGUAGUUUUGAAGGUUAUUUAUAUGCCAGCAUACCAGAAAGCCAUGGUGGAGAAACUCUGCAUUCCUCAGAACUUAAUUUCUUCCCUUGGCCCUAUAUAAUUGGAUAAAAUACUUUAUUCUAAAUUCCAGUUAGGCAAAAAAACAAGGAUAAGAUUAACAUUAUGAUUACAGCAAAUGUUACUACAGAAACAUUGGUUGGUUAAUUAUUCUGUCUGCAGCUGAUGUUUUAAGAAAAAUUCCUUCACUUCACUUGACAUUGAUGUGUUAGACAAAGAAUAUUAAUCUCAACAAUCACUUUAUAGCAAUCAUGGGGAGACCUGUGUGUCUGGAAUUGAGAUUUGUUGCAUUUCUGAGCCCACUUUUUAUUCAUCAGAAACAAUAACAUAAUUGGAGAAUUAUUUUAAAUAACCAGUAUUUUAACUUUUUAUAAAGUUUGGGACUUUAAAGUAUCAACAAAGAAUAUUGAAUAUGUGCUUUUACUAUGGUCAAAUUACUUUUUAUUAUCUAAUUUCUUUAUUUUCUGUAUUUUAAAAUCUUGUGCAUUAGGAAUGUCUAUAUAGGUAUAUAGGCAUUUAAAAUUUAAUGGUAACAAUAAAUGUAACUCAGCAAUUAAACUUUAUUUUCAGGACAAGAUAUAUUUAAUUGCAUCAAAUAUAUAUACUACCUUGUACUGGUAAAUGCUCUAAAAUAUUUAAGCUACUUUAAUUGUACUAUCUCUUCCCCCCUUCAUCCUGGAAAUGCAAAAGAAUGUGAUCUUAUAUUAACUAUCUGUGAAUUUUGCCUUAUCAAACAUUGUGCCUUAUUUUCUUAAGUGUUUUGUUGGAAUAUGAUUCUGUAUUCUGCAAAAGCAACAGUAUUUGAGUUUCAAUUGUCUAACUUUUACCUAAAAAAAAAAACAAACCUAAAAUUACAAUGUUGGUAUUUGCCUAAUUACUUGCUAUAUCUUUGCUUAUUUGUAUUUUGAAUUUUUUCAGUACAUAAAUAAGAUAAGCAUGUAUUAGUAUUUAUUCUCUGUACUAGAUGCAAAUGAUAAAAGAUGAAGUAGAUCUGGCUCCUUUUUACUAGAGUUUCUUCUACGCUACAGUCUUAACAGAUUUACGAUACAUGCUGUAAUAAAUUGGUGAGUUUAUUUGCUUGCUAGCAUCAGUUACUUU